AAUGAUCUGUUUUCCUUCUCCUCAAUCCCCCUUUUGAAUUUUGAGAAAUCUGUAGCUGCUUAGCACAUUUCACUGUCCUGGGUUUCUGGUGGGGCCUCUAUUGCUGCUGUAAUGAAUGAUCACAAAUUUAAUGGCUUGAAACACAAAUUUAUUAUAAUUCUGAGAUGGAGGUCAAAAGUCCACAGUUAGUCUUAGCGGGAUAAAACCAAGGUGUGGGCAGAGCCCUGUUCCUCUGGAGGCUCUAGGGGCUCAUUUAUUUCCUUGUGGCCCCUUCCUUCAUCUUCAAAGACUUCUCCGACUUCUGCUUCCUUGUCACAUCUUCUCCGACCUGACCUGACCCUCCUGUCGUUAUCUUAUUAAGAUCUUUGUGAUUCCUUUGAGCCCACCUGGGUGCUCCAGGGUAGUUAACCUCCCCAUCUCAAACCCCUUAACUCACAUCUGCAAAGUCCUCUUUGCCGUGAAAGGUAACAUACAUAGUCACAGGUUCCAGGGAUUAAGGAUGUGGACAUUGGGGGGAGGGGGGGGGCAUUAUUCUUUCUUCCUCACUCUUCACAUCUGAUCUGGUAAUCUAAUGUAAUGCAGUUGUGAGGCUAGAGAUGGCACAGGAGCCGACCAGAGAAGGCCUCAAAUGCUAGAGUAAGAGCUUGGAUUGAAUUGAGGAUAGUUGGGGAACCAACCAGUUAGAUUAGAUUCUACCUUCUAAACGUUUCUAGAACCUGUCCCUUGUUCUCUUCCACGUUAUCACAGCCCUAGUUUAGGCCACCUUCGAGUCUUACGAGAAUUUCUUCAAUUCUCUUUUCAGGUCUCAGAGUUUUGUACCUUUAUUUUAUCGCUAAACACAGAUCUUUCUAAAAUUAUCUAGAAAUUAAAUCUGACCACUCCUCUGCUUGGAGUCUUUCUAGUUUCCAGCUGUCUUCAAUGCAAUCCAAGCUCCUACUCCUAGCAUUUGAACCCUCCCUGGUUGGCUCCAUGACCCCGCUAGCUUCAUCCAUUUUUCCAAACACCUGAUCUACAGGCAGUUCCCCACCAUGUCCCCCUCUGAGCCUUUGCUCAGGCUGUCUUCUCUGCUGGGGAUGCCUUUCCCUCCUCUUAACUACCUGACAGAUACCCACGUAUCUUCCAGAACUCGACUUAAGCAUCACCUCUAGGGAACCUUCUGACUGCCCCCCUCCCAUGAGUGCUCCCCUCUGUGUACCUCUGCUCUCCUAAUGGACUUUCACCUGCAAACUCCUCUGCAUCCAUUCCAUCUUCCCACCUUGACUGGCUCUAGUUGUGGCUGAAUUCCUCUGUCACCAGCAGACUGUGCGGGCUGGACCCACCACAACCCCUUUAAAUGUUGGAGGAAUGACAGUGCUGUCGGGGCCCUCACACUCUUUAGGAAGACUUGGUGCAUUGAAGUUGCAUGAACUUGGGUUAAAGUACAAACACUCCAAGAGCUGUCUGUUCAUGGGCAAGUCAUUGGAGUUCUGAGCCUCGAUUUCCUCAGCUCUGCCUACCUCGUGGGAUUCUGUGAAAUAACGUGUGAGGUGUCUGGUGCAGUGCCUGGCUUACUGUAAGGGCUCAAAUAUGCAUCGCCCGUGCAGCCAAGAAGCAGAGGAAGCAAAGGUGUCCAGUCAGUGAGUAGGAGAAUAGGAACAGGGAAGUAAGGGAGUAGGAACAGAAACCCCUGAGACCCCAGUGUGCUGGCCACUUAGUAUGUCCUGAGCAAAGUCAAGUUAGGCAGAUGGGGUGGGAUGGCAGAUCCUGGGUGCCAAGGCCACGCCUCCCCUGACAGCUGGAAUGGACCAGCCUCCAGUGACAUCACAAUCCUGAGUGGCCGCUGAGGCACUGCUGGAGGUGGACCCUCAUUUCUCUCCACUGAGCUCUAGGAUGUGGAAGUGAGAAAGGUGAGCAAGGAAGGCAGAUGGCAACGAGGAACAGCUCAAGCCCCAUGCCCACGGGCACGGCUCAGGGUGACCCUGGAGAGGCAAGAACACUGUCAGCUCCAGAUACUGGCAUUCGGGACAGUUCAGCCACUCAGCUGAAGACAAAGCCCAAGUAUGUGCGCAGGGUCAAGGCGCUCAUCAUCGACCUGGGCUCGCAGUACUGUAAGUGUGGCUACGCAGGAGAGCCGAGGCCCACCUACUUCAUCUCCUCCACAGUCGGCAAGUGCUGCUCCCAGAUGGGCGACACCCGCAAGAAUACCUAUGUGGGCCACGAGCUGCUCAACAUGGAGGCACUGCUGAAGCUGGUUAACCCUCUAAAGUACGGCGUUGUGGUGGACUGGGACUGCGUCCAGAGCAUCUGGGAGUACAUCUUCUACACGGCCAUGAGGAUCGUCCCCGAGGAGCAUGCCGUGCUGGUCUCCGACCCCCCGCUCAGCCCCAGCAGCAACCGGGAGAAGUAUGCGGAGCUCUUGUUCGAGACCUUUGGCAUCCCCGCCAUGCAUGUGACAUCCCAGUCGCUGCUGUCCAUCUACUCCUAUGGCAGGACCACAGGAAUGGUGGUGGAGAGCGGGCACGGCGUCUCACACGUGGUCCCCAUCUCAGAGGGCAACGUGCUGCCGGGCCUGGCAGGCCGCGCCGACUACGCCGGGGGCGACCUCACCAACUACCUGCUGCAGCUGCUCAACGAGGCGGGCCACAAGUUCACGGACGACCACCUGCACAUCGUGGAGCACAUCAAGAAGACGUGCUGCUACUCGGCCUUGCAGCCCGAGAAGGAGGUCUGCCUGGCCCUGGAGGAGCUGCGCGUGGACUACGAGCUCCCCGAUGGCAAGGUCAUCACCAUUGGCCAUGAGCGCUUCCAGUGCGCCGAGAUGCUCUUCAAGCCCACGCUGGUGGGCAGCAGCCUGCCCGGCCUCCCCGCGCUCACAGCCACUUGCCUGGGCCACUGCCAGGAGGCGGGCUUGAAGGAGGAGAUGGCCGCCAACGUGCUGCUGUGUGGUGGCUGCACCAUGCUGGACGGCUUCCCCGAGCGCUUCCAGAGGGAGCUGAGCCUCCUGUGCCCCGGGGACAGCCUCACCGUGGCUGCGGCUCCUGAGAGGAAGAGCUCCGUGUGGACCGGUGGCUCCAUCCUGGCCUCCCUGCAGGCCUUCCAGCAGCUCUGGGUCAGCAAGGAAGAGUUUGAGGAGCGGGGCAGUGCAGCCAUCUACACCAAGUGCUGAGCGCAGCCCGCCAGGCCAGGCCUCGUGGGCAGGCGACCUGAGGCCACUCCAUACAUUUACAGAGUUUCACAUAAA